GGGUGACCACCUCUUUCCAGGGCAGAGAGCCCAAUCCUCCGUCUUGGGACGGUGCAGAGCCUUCGCUGCAGUUCGCUGUAUACAAGAAGAAUGUGAGACUUUGGGAGUUUGAAUCAGAAGUAGAAGAGAAGAAGCGAGGCGUCAGGCUUUUGAGGAGUUUGACGGGGGUUGCAAGGGCUGCUGCCGAUAGUUUGGAAUUUGAAGAAAUCACCAGCACCAAAGGAGUGGAAAACAUUCUUGGAUGUUUGGAAAAACACUUUGCACCUCACUUAGAGGUUUCGUUGCCCCGUGCCUUUGAGAGGGCGAUCUAUGGAAACCCUAGGUCCCACAAAGAGAGCAUUCAAGAAUACCUGAUCAGGUCAGAGCAGGCGUUCCACCUUUUAGAAAAAGAAGGGGUCAAGCUGCCAGAACAGGCUGUCGGCUAUGUGAUGUUCAGGCAGGCUGCUCUGACAGAAAAUCAGGAGUUGCGCUUUGGUGCAUGGGCUCAGGGCAAGUAUGACAAGGGCACGGUGGUCUCAUGCUUGCGGAAGCUCGACAAAGUGGUGCUGGAAUCAAAGGGCAAGUCUUCAGUGGCAUAUAUGCAGGAAGAUGAUGAUGCAAGCGAUUCGAUGCAGUUCUCAGGGGACUACAUCGAGAACGAGGCCUAUGUCCUUGAUGAGGGUGAGGCGUUGGAAGAGCAAUAUGUGUACCUUGCUGAACAUGAUGAGAGCAGGAUCUAUGAUGAAUCUGAAGUGCAGAUGGUUUUGGCGACCUACCAGGAGGUGAGAAAGGCCAUACAGGGUCGUCAGAAAGGUCGCCAAUACUACAACCCUCAGAAGGGCAAGGGCAAGGGGCGAGGCUCACCUUGGCAAGACUUUGUCAAGGACAAGAAGCGCAUCCACAUAGAACAACUCAAACUUCGAACCCGUUGUGCGAAGUGUGGCAAUGUGGGACACUGGGCGAAGGAAUGCAAGAACUCGGAGGAUUCCCGUGGCAAGGCUUGGAGCGCAGCUGCGGCAUCUUCAAAAGGGGCUUCUAGCAGUCCGCCUUCUACCAGUGGUGGCCAAAGUUGGUAUGUCUCCACGGAUGCUGCUUCAGGUCAGUUGCGGGCUCGUGGGCUUCAAGAAGUUUGGAUUGACAAAGUUUGCAAGGCACAUGGAGUUGGAGGUCAGGCAAAGGUUGUUGGCAUGGCAGCACUUCCACUUGGUUUGGCGGGUUGCAGUGGCGUUUUAGAAGUUUCAGUCAUCGAAGGAGAUGUUCCAUUACUUUUGCCUAUCAAACUCCUUCGUGGUCUUCAAGCAGUUGUAGAUUUGAGUUGUGACAGCAUGCACUUGAAAAAGUUGCCUACCAUGUCGCGCGAUCGCCUUGCUCUCUUCCGCCACGCCUUCAAUCGUCCAAGUGCGGACUUUCAGCUGGUGGAGGAGUCCAGAGCUGUGCAACGCAAUCCCAAGAGAGCUCUUGCGCAUUGGCGACAGAUGCUGGACAAGGUGCACAUGCUUCAAUCUUUGAUUGGGCUCGAGGACUCGGUAAAUUCAUGGCUGCCAGCGGCAUCGAUGGGGGUUCAGUCUUCUCCGCCAUCGCAAGAGCAGCUGGCCGCGGCAAUCAUCGGAGCAGAGUCCCUCGCGCCUCAGAAGUCCAAAGUGGAGCCGCCGAAGAAGGUUUCGGAGUGCACCCACCCUGCGGAGAGGCUUUCAACUUCGCAGAACCAGCAUGCGGCAUGGAUCCUGUGUUGGGAUUGCAAUGCCCGUUGGAAGAUUUCCAAAGAAUUUGCAGGGCUGAAGACAAAGAAGGAGAUGGCAGGAAGUGCAGCCAAGGCGCUGAUCGCGCCUUCGACGCCGGCGAGUUCCGCCGAGAUCUUCAAGCAGGAGGCAGAGAUCCAAGCCCAAGAGCGUGCUCAAACCAUGUACAACGAGCAGAUCGAGUCUUUGCAGCAUGUGGCCGCCAUGAACCAGACAGAAGUGCGUCAGUUGCGGAUGGAACUGACGAAUGCGGUGAAGAAUCACCACAUCACCGAGAUCAUGAUGAGCGAGUAUGGGGCCAUGGCGAUGGGUGCUCGAUACAUGGAGAACAAGGGCUAUCACGACAGCGAGAUGCAUGCCUACGCUCUGAGGCGCUGGGAGAAUGUGACAGAGGUGCAGGCGCUGGAUCAAGUGUUGGAGGAGUGUCGGGUGGAAGAGAAUGCAUUCCCUGGAGAAGCCCAGGGCACAUGGAUGAAGUUAGAAGGUGCGUCGAUGGCAGAAAGGGUGGCGUCUUUGAGACAGACUCCGCAUUUUGCUGUGAGCCGUGUGUGCGUCAAGGAUGGCGCGAACUUCUAUGAGAUUGAGAAUGACAAUGACCUUGAGUAUGAGCCGGAAUGUUAUGUUCUUUUUCAGCAGACUGCCAGGGCAGUCAUGGAGGAUACAUGUCCGGAGGAGAGAGAGGUCUCCAUGGCAAAAAGUCUCAAGACCAAGUUGAGAAAGGCUUUGAAGGAUGUGGCUUCAGCAUGUUUCUCUGUGGACGUGAGUGAGAUAUACAGCCCUCCCCGUGUCACGACGGAGGCCAAGCGGCAGCACUUGAAAGCUGGAGGCGCUUACGACCUCAAAACCGGCUACAACCUCAGAAUGACCAAAGACUUGCAACGCAUGUGGAAUGAGCUUCAUGCUGAUGACCCAGAACUCUUGCUGGGGAGUCCUCCUUGUACACCUUUUUCGCCGCUUCAGGAGCUGAACUUUCCGAAGAUGGACUUUGAGAAGGCAGUGACGCUUGUUGGAGAAGGUUUGGAGCAUGUGGUCACAACAUGUGCGGCGGCCAAAUGGCAGUACAAGAGAGGCGAAAUCUUUGUUUUGGAACACCCACUUCGUUCCAAAGCAUGGGAGGAAGAAUGCAUGCUGGAGUUGAUGGGCUUACCAGAAGUUCAUGUCUGCGUGGUGGAUCAGUGCGCAUAUGGGCUUCGAGUAGGUGAGAAGUUGAACAAAAAGCCAACUUGCUUCAUCACAAAUAGUCCUCGCAUUGCACAAGAGCUGAGACGCAGAUGUUCAGGAGAUCACGAGCAUGAUCACCUGCUUGGAGGCAAAGCCGCUGCUGCGGCGAUCUACCCACCAGGGCUGUGUAAGGCCAUUGUACGUGGUCUGAAACGACAUCUCCGUCACCAAAGGGGCCCUUGUCGAGGAGUUCCAUGUGAGGCACUAGCAGUUUUGGCGACAGAGGUGCUUCCACCCCAAGAUGCUGACGCCCUUGAGGACGUCUUCCCAGAGGAGAUUCAAGAACCUAGAGAAAGCCAGAAGGAGAAGCCAAGAGCGGCUGUAGAAGUCUCCAGUGAGGACAAAGCAAAAGUCAUGAAAAUGCACGUGAACCUGGGCCAUCCUGCAAGAGACAGCUUUAUCAGAUUUCUGCGAGCGGGCAGGAUUCGUGAGGAGGUGGUGCGUUGGGUCAUCAGAGAGUUUCGUUGCGAGAAAUGCAUUGGAAGAGCACUUCCCAAAGCACCGAGGCCAGCUGUGGUGCCUAAGUGCUACAAGCCUGGAGUUGCGGUGGGGUUGGACUUGUUUUACAUACCAGACUUGAUCAACAAGAGGUCAUACCCCAUUCUCAACAUCCUUGAUCUGGGCACCAACUACCAAAUGAUAGAGCUGUUGGACAACAAAGAGCCAAGCUCAUUGUGGAGGGCCUUUUGGAGAGCGUGGUGCAGAACUUUUGGUAUGCCGCAGUAUAUCUCUGUGGACGAGGGUUUGGAGUUCAGAGGAGACUUCACCCAGUGGUGCGCCGGGUUUGGCACAGUGGUUUUCCGAGCAGCAGGAAGAGCUCCAUGGCAACAAGGUAAAGUGGAAAGACAUGGAGGUUUGAUGAAGGAUAUGAUCGCGAAAGCUCGAGAGUCGGCUGCUCUUGAGUCUCGUGAAGAACUACGUCUUUUGCUGCAAGAGUGCGAGUGUGCCAAAAACAGAUUUAUGAACCGGUCUGGGUACAGUCCGGUGCAGCGGCAGGUGGGCCAAUGGCCUCGUUUGCCUGGAUCGCUGAUGAGUGAUGAAGCUCUAGACCCUGCACUUCAGAGCCAGAAUACCACAGAUGACUUCGACAGGCUUUUAGCCCUUCGAAAGAUAGCCCAAGAAGCUUUCGUGAAGAUGGCAAGUCAGGAGGCGGCAGCCAAGUCUUUGAGGGCGAGGCCGAGGUUGCAGCGUAUGUUCAAAGCAGGUGAAGUGGUUUAUGUUUUCAGGGCCUUGCGCAAAAAGAAGUUGGUCCAUGGAGAGGCAAAGGCUUCAAGAGGAGCAGGUGGAGGCAGGAAAGCAACAUGGGUCGGUCCAGGCCAUGUACUAGCCAUGGAAGGUUCAGUGGUUUGGGUCAAUAUGUUCGGUGAGCUGUGGAGAGCGUCAGUGGAGCAGACCAGAGAAGCCACUACGAGCGAGCGCUUGGGAGUUGAGAUGGUGGCAGAGGACUUCAGUGAGAUGCAGGAGCGUCUGAAGAGAAGUGCUCAUCGUUCAGGCUAUCGAGACGUCACAGGUGAUCUUCCAGAGGAAGAAGAACCAGAGGUAGAUGACGUUGAAAAAGAAGGCAUUGAGCGAGGCAGACCCAGAGUGCGUUUUGAGGAAGAAGAAUAUGAGCCUGGCACACCUUUGCCAGAAACUCCGGAUGAGGAGCUUCAGUUGAGGAGCCGCAGAAUGUCAGAUGCCACAGUGCCAGAACCAGACUGCGAACAGGUGUCCGCAGUCAACACACCUAGACCUGCAGGAGCUCAACCUGAUUCUCUCACCUUUCCCAAUGCUCAGGACGUACAACAAGAGCUGGAUCAGUUGGAUGAGACUGCUCAAGCUGUGGCACAAGAGGCCAUGACACAAUCAGUCAUGCAAAACAACGUCCUAGAUGGGCUUCCUGAGAACUAUGGUGCAGCGAGAGGAAGUGUGGCCCGACGUUGGGAGCGGAGACAUGAUAGGCCAUAUUUUUCAGAAGUCUUUUUGAUGACAGAGGAUGAGAAGGUUGAACCAGCAGGCCCAGAUCCAACACAGGAUUACUGGGUGUAUGAUGAGCAUCGCCAUGUUCUUCAAAGGCAUCAUGUGCAGUGGAGAAAAGCCCUCUUCAAUCCCUCACAGGUUGAAGAAAGACCAGUUCCUUUGAGGGCUUUGAAACAACAGAGGAUCACCAAACGUAUGACUGCAAAGGGCGUAGAGGAGGUCAAAGAUGUUUGUUCGUUGUUUUCGAAGCGAGAGGAGCGUUUUGAGUGGUGGAAAGGCAUUACAGAGUUUGAGGUAGAUGCCCACUACCUGAAUCAAGGUCCAAAGGCAGCAGGCAAAAAGAGAGGCGAAGGAGAGGUGUUUGCACAUGAAAUCCCGGAAGAAGAGUGGCCAGCAUGGAAAGAACAAGACCUUGAGGAGUUCAACAAGAUCGUCAAAAGCGGCGCUCUCAAGGUGCUCAGUUUGGAGGAGUCAGAGAAGGUACGUCAGGAGUUGAAAGAAACCGGGAAGCUUGACAGAAUUUUGCCAAGUAGGAUGGUCAGAAGAUACAAACCAGGAGAUGCUCCAGGGUUGCCCAGAACGAGAAAGUCAAGGUUUUGCAUCAGAGGAGAUAAAGAUCCAGAUGCCAUUUACCUGUCACGUUUUGCACCCACGGUGACUACAUCCAACUUGCAGAUUCUUUUUCAAGCGGCGGUGAACAAGGGCUUCCGCGGUGUAGUGGGAGAUCUCAAGUCAGCUUUCACUCAAAGCCUUCCACUUUUUCGAGCUGGAGGAAAGCUUUACUGCAAGUCGUGCAAUGGCUCGAUGCCGGGUCUUCAAGAAGGUCAGUUGGCUGAGAUUGUUUUGGGAUGCUACGGAUUGUGUGAUGCGCCGAUGCACUGGCGCAAAACUUUGGUGUCCUUCUUGACCCAGACUCUUGGCUACAAGCAAUCAGCGCUUGAUCCUUGCACUUUCCUACUUCAUGGUCCCAAAGGAGGCUCUAAAGUAUGUUAUGGCGUAGACGCAGAAGAACAUGUUUUGCAUGGUAUGGUGGCUGUGGAGAUCGAUGAUCUUUUGAUGUUUGGCGACAGUGUCCAUGAAGAAAAGAUGAAAGAGCUUCAGCAAAAGUUCACCUUUGGGAAGAUUGAACCACUUGAUGAGCGAGGAGUGAACUUUAAUGGUCGCCGCCUGAGACAAGUUGGCGACACAAUCCUUGUCGACAUGAAGGCCUUUGUGGAAGAGCGAUUGGAGACAGUGGAGCUUGGAAAAGAACGUCAAAAAUGUAAAAGAGAGAAGCUGACUGAUGAUGAAGUUAGCUUAGUGAGAAAGGCGUGUGGUUCAUUGAACUGGGCAGGGCGUGAAGGCCGUCCAGAUGCAGCUGCUGCAGCAUCUAUGUUCUCCUCUACCAUGUUGGAGAUGACCGUGGAGGAUGUAGCUGAAUUGAACCGAGUGAUCCUUCGCAUUAAGGAGACCUCAGAGAUGUCCCUGCAGAUCCAAGCAAUUGAUGAAGCUCGCCUUCGAUGGGGCGUUGUCACAGAUGCCUCGUAUGCCAACGCUCGUGGAGGAAAAACUCAGGGAGGUCAUCUUCUUUUGGCCUUUGACCAGGACAUGCUGAGUGGCAAGUUGGCAAAAUGCAAUCUGCUCCAUUGGAAGAGCGGCAAGUUGCCCAGGACGGUAAACAGCACUUUGGCAGCCGAAACUCAAUCUUUGGCAAGGGGCAUUGGUGAUCUACUUUGGAUGAUCGUCAUGUAUGCAGAGGUGGUCGAUCCGAGCUUUGAUCUUCGCAAUUGGCGGAGGCAUGUCAACAAGCUGGGCUAUACAGCCUUCACCAAAAAUGAAGAUGGAGAUGAGAUGGCCGGAGCGGUAGCAGUGGUGGAUGCGAAAUCUCUGUUUGACGUUUUGGCCAACGAGACGAAUGGUGGAAGUGACCGACGCACGGCACUUGACGUGCAAAUGCUGAGAGAAGAAUUAGCAGAGCUUCACGGAAAAAUUUGA